AUGGAGGAAAAUGGAAGUGCGAGUAAAAGUCGUAGGUCAAGUGACUACAAAAAUGGAGGGAGAGCAGCAAAUAAAGCCAUCAUCAAUUACAGGAAAGCUGCAAAAGAUGAUUAUUGCUGGGAAAAUAGCACUGGUGAAGAAAGUUUUGCUGAUGGAGGAGAUAUAGUGGGUGAGUUUUCAUGGCCUCCAAGAUCUUAUACUUGUAGUUUCUGUAAGAGAGAGUUCAGAUCUGCUCAAGCACUUGGUGGCCACAUGAAUGUCCAUAGGAGGGAAAAAGCAAGGCUUAGACAAAUAACUCCACCAAGGUAUCUUCCUCUUCUUCCUCCCUCAUCUCAAUACUUCUCUUCUAAUUCCAAACUGCUUGACCUAAACCUUGAUCCAAACCCUAACCCUAAUAUCUCAACAUGUUUUGCUUCAAAUACAUCUCCAUUUCCAACAAUGUUCCCACCCUUCACAUAUUCUUCCAUGUCACCACCUCCCUUGAUCUUACCAUCUCCCUCUUCUGUAAACCCUUGUUCUUGCUUUUUUCCUUUCUCUACUCCUUGCCCGUUACACCAUCAGUGUUCUUCAGACAGUGCAUGUUUUACUACAAUGAGAUCUGAAAAAUCCAACCUCAUAAGUGGUGGAGUUGAUGAUGUUUCCCAUGAAAACAAGAAUAUGAUCCUCAAGAAGUCAGAGACUAGUUUGCUUGUGGCGUCAAAUCCUGAUGAUAUGGAUUUGGAACUUCGACUUGGGUGUUCUUAG